AUGGAAGAAGAAUACGGUUUUACCAAUGAAAGCGCCCCUGGCCAAUCGUCGCAACCAAUUGCGUCUACCUCGUCUGUUGAAGAAUUCCACAAGAAACCUGUGAUCAACCCUGAUGCAGCUAUUACUGUGGAACCUAUUCGGAAACAGGAUUUGCAGCCCUCUUAUGCUACUGAGAUGGCGGUACCGUCCAAUGGCUGGUACGGUUCUCUCAUGAAUGGAUUGGGUAAUGUUGUUGGUACAUUAGGAGCUAUUCCAUGUUGUAUUUGUUGUCCCAACCCAUUCAAGUCGGUCUCACAAGGAGAAGUUGGUCUGGUUACCAGAUUUGGCCAGUUCUACAAGUCGGUAGACCCUGGUUUGGUGCGUAUCAAUCCUCUUUCUGAGAAGAUUCACUAUGUUGAGGUCCGUAUCCAGGUCCUGGACAUUCCCCAUCAGGUUUGUAUGACUCGUGAUAACGUGAAUAUCCGCUUGUCUUCUGUGUUGUACUACCACAUUAUCUCGCCUCACAAGGCCAAAUUUGGUGUUACCAGUGUUAUACAAGCUCUUAUGGAGCGUACCCAAACGACCUUACGACAUGUUGUAGGAGCCCGAUCUUUGCAAGAGAUCAUUGAACGUCGUGAGGAAGUUGCCGCUUCAAUUCAAGAGAUCAUUGACGACACGGCCUCCUCCUGGGGUGUCAAGGUUGAGAGCAUUCUCAUCAAGGACAUUCUCCUCAGCGAAGAGUUGCAAGACUCGCUUUCCCAGGCCGCCAAGAGCAAGAGAGCCGGUGAAUCGAAGAUCAUUACUGCCCGUGCCGAGGUCGAGAGCGCCAAACUCAUGCGUAGAGCCGCCGAUAUCCUGGCUUCUAAGGCUGCCAUGCAAAUCCGGUACCUCGAAGCCAUGCAGCAAAUGGCCCGCACCUCGAACUCCAAGGUCAUUUUCAUGCCAUCCCAAGACACCAUCGAGCGUAUCAGCGACAACGUAAACUCAGAGGGUUUCCAGUCCGCACGGGAAGCUGCCGUUGACAACACCCCCGGGCCCAGUCGCAUCGCCGAGAACCUAGCCUACAACGAGAUCGAGAACUAA